AAAAAAGGCUGCUGGGUAAAGAAAAAAAAAAGAAAAGAAAAGAAAGAAACACCGGAAUGAGGAAAUUAGCCAUCGGCGAAAACAAAGUUGUUCAUUGCUGAUAACCCUCCAACCUGAUGAACCGCGGGGUCAGUCAGCCCGAGUCGUUCAGACGAGCCGCUCCUCCAACCGUCCCCGCAUGCUCUAUCCAGCCGCCCCGCAUCCAGCGAUGUCCCUCCUGCUCCUCACGGUGCUCUCCUCACUCACGCUGCACGAGGCUGAGGCGUGGAGCGCCGGCGUGAAGUAUGCGGUGAACUGCCCGGACAGAUGCAGCGUGGACCGCUGCGGCGACACGCAGCGCUGCACGCGGACCGUCCUGGACGACUGCGGCUGCUGCCAGGUCUGCGCGGCCGGCAGAAGCGAGCACUGCUACCGCACGGUGUCGGGGAUGCACGGCGUCAAGUGCGGACCGGGGCUGUUCUGCGAGUUCUAUAAGGAUGAGGACGAUUAUGGAGACGAAUACGGGAUUUGCAAAGACUGCCCAUAUGGGACCUAUGGGGUUGAGUGCCGCAAGACCUGCAGCUGCAAAGGAGGCAUUUGUGACAGGGAAACUGGAGCUUGUCUUACCCUCACAUUCUUCGCCAAAAUUGCCAGCAAGCUCAAAGCUGGACCACAAACAGGGUCUGAAGUGGGAUCAGGACAAGUGGUUGCACAGAGCACAGACAGAUCCACCGCUCCAAAAAGACUGAACCCUCGCUGACAAAAAGAGAAACUACCCUUCAAAUGUUCAGUCCACAUGUAGCAUUAAUUUAUAAAUAAACCAAAAUGUAUGUUUUAACUAAAAACCUUUUGACCAGCAUUUGAAAGCUUGUUCGAUUUUUACUUUCAUCUUUUCCAUACAUAUGCAGUUUUAUCUCUGCUCUUUAAUUAAUGCUUUUAUUUAAAAACAUUUUCCAUUAUGAGGUUUGAUAAAGCCUGAUGUGAUAUCAAAUUAAAUCAAAAUACACAUUACAGUUUCUUAUAUUGCAUACUCAAAGACGUUAGAAUGAGUAGAAAAUAUUUACAAAGCCAAAUUUCAUGACACCAAUAAAAUGUGCAGAAUUGUUAAAGCAGACUGCUAUGCUAGAACUAACAACUUGAUAGUGGAAAUGUCCCGAAAUUUCAUGGAUAACUAGAUUUCCAUGUUGCCGAUGUAACAUUUAGGUCAAAAACAAUAUGCCUCCAAAUCAGAAAAGCUAAACGUGACCUUAGAUGAAGUAUAAUGUCCAUAAAGGCAAAAUUGUUAGAAAUUUUUACAGGACUUCUUUUUCAGAAUUAAAACUCUCUUCUGAGAUUUAAAUUGGAAAGAGAAAAAUGCAUUCUAAAUGUUGACAUUAUGUUGUUAAUUUUUUUCCCAUGGUUAUUUUAAUAAUUUUUUAGAUGUUGAUACAUACUGACAACAUUUUUUACAGGAUGUGUGAAAGCGUAUCAUUGGUUAGAAGUAGGUGAAAUAAGUGCUACUUCAUCCACAAACGUUUUGGUUACUUUUGGUUUAUAACUCAUCUGAUGAUUUGGUUGUUUGUUUUCAUCGCAUUCGGAAAAUGACUGAAAUACAUAUAAAUGAAGGAAUGUUUGAUUUAUAUUAGCCUUUGUGUUUUCUGGUGAUCUUUUGCAUUGUAUAUUGUUUAUCAUUAAAUAUAACUUAUAGCAAAAAUGUUUGUUCAUUUAACACUUAUUUCCAUGACUAUCUGAUUUUUAUUGGGAAGAAAAACAUCAAAAGUAGCAAUAAAAACUUAUAACUGA